AUGGAUCCCAGUGCCACAUCGCCGAAGUACGAACGUCGCCCAUUUUCAAUCAAACUGUGGCCCCCUAGCGAAAACACGAGGCAGAUGCUUGUGGAUCGGGUAACCAGAAAUUUCACUUCGCAGUCGAUUUACGCUCGAAAGUAUGGGAACCUGGGGAAAGAGGAAGCCGAGGAGAAUGCAAAAAGAAUCGAAGCUGUUGCCUUCGAAGCUGCAAGCCAACAAUACGAGAAUGAACCAGACGGCGAUGGAGGUUCUGCUGUACAGCUUUAUGCUAGACAGUGCAGUAAGCUUAUUCUGGAUGUCCUGAAAAGAGGCCCUGCGUUAAAUGAAGACAUGGAAGAUCUGCCAUCCGAGGAAGGAGACCGUGUCCCUAAAGAUGGCGUGGAAGUCACCACACCACCUCCCGAGACGUUCUUUGACAUAUCCAAGGGCUCAAGAUCUUUCAUAGGAGCAGAGGAGACUGAGGAAAUUCUGAAGCCAUUGAAGGAGCCUGGGAACUCUUAUUCAAAGAUAUGCUUAAGCAACAGGAGCUUUGGUCUAGAAGCUGCUCGUGUUGCUGGACCGGUUCUGGAAUCCAUCAAGGAUCAGUUAAAUGAAGUCGACUUGUCUGAUUUCAUUGCUGGAAGGCCAGAGGACGAAGCUCUUGAGGUCAUGACCAUCUUCUCCACUGCACUGGAAGGCAGCAUCCUGAGAUCUCUGAACCUCUCAGACAAUGCUUUGGGUGAAAAGGGUGUCAGGGCAUUUGAGGCACUUCUCAAGUCACAGAGUUGCCUUGAAGAGCUCUACUUGAUGAAUGAUGGCAUUUCGGAGGAAGCUGCACGAGCAGUUUGCGAACUGAUUCCAUCUACUGAGAAACUCAAGGUCCUUCGUUUCCAUAACAACAUGACUGGCGAUGAAGGAGCGCUUGCGAUUGCUCAGGUUUUGAAGCACUGCCCUUUGCUUGAGGACUUCCGAUGUUCGUCCACAAGGGUAGGUGCAGAAGGUGGAGCUGCUUUGUCAGAAGCACUCGAGUCUUGCACUAAGCUGAAGACAUUAGACCUCCGAGACAAUAUGUUUGGGAUUGAAGCUGCAGUUGCUCUUGCCAAAGCAAUUCCUAAGCUUCCUUCCUUGACUGAGAUAUACCUGAGCUAUUUAAACUUGGAAGAUGAAGGUGCUACAGUCAUAGCAGAUGCACUCAAGGACUCAGCUCCAUCACUUGAAGUCCUUGACAUGAUGGGAAACGACAUAACUAUUGAAGCUACUCCGAGUAUCGCUGCCUGUAUUGCAUCGAAGCAGAACCUGAAGAAGUUGAACUUGGAUGAGAACGAACUCAAGGACGAAGGUGCUGUGCAUAUUGCAAAAGCCUUGGAAACGGGCCAUUCGCAGUUGAAGCAAGUGGAUGUGAACACCAACUCCAUUGGAAGGGCAGGUGCUCGGGUGUUGGCUAAGGUUGUGGUUCAGAAGCCUGAGUUUGAUUUGCUGAAUAUCAACGGGAAUUUCAUCUCCGACGAAGGGAUUGAUGAGGUGAAGGAGCUUUUUGCAAAGUUUCCUGGUAAGCUUGGGCCGCUUGAUGAGAAUGAUCCUGAUGGAGUAGGAGACGCUGAAGAAUCUGACGAGGAGGGUGAUGGCGACGAUGAUCAUGAGUUGGAAUCGAAGUUGAAGCAUCUUGAGGUCAAUGAAGAGGAUUAG